CUAACAACUCUCGAAUGAAUCAUCGGGGUUGCGGAUGUGCUAAAUGAUAUCUCGAGCCGCUCCCUGUUUGUACCCUGCACUCGUCUUAGAGAGUCCGUACGGUCCUCAUCCCUUCUGUUCAACGUCCCGGCCUUUAAGAUCAUUUUCCUGUAGAUUUUUGUACCAUUCAAAGUCAUCAUGGCCAAGUUUAUUCUUGGAAUUAGCCUGUUCUUGGUGCUUCUUUUGACGGUGUCGGCUCAGAAGCCGUUGUUUUCGACCGAGACUGGGUAUGAUUUGUCUUUUGAGUUAUCUGAGUUGAAUCAACGUACCCUCUCCUGGCAAGCGCAGGCGCGGGCUACUGGUGGCUCUGCACCCGAGGGGUUGGAGAAUUGCAGACCGGUCGGUUCGUAUGUCAUUUAUCGUGAGGGGACUAGCUUCCCCGACGAGGCGGAUGUUGCGGCACUGAACACCUUUCAGAAUAAGAUGCGAUCGCAGACAAUCAAUCCAACCUUCCGAUUCCUGUCUCAGAUUCCCUCCAGCCGAAUCCCCAUCGCUAGCGCGGGGGAUCUGGCAGAGUUUGGCCGGCGUGAGAUACAAGAACUUGCCUCUCGCAUCAAGAUCCGAUUUUCUGAAUUCUUCCCUACUCCUGACAUCGAUUUGAGUAAGUUCAGUUUCCAAUCUACCAAUGGCUCUAGCAGCAUCGAGAGCGCUGUGGCAUUUGCUCGGGGACUUGUUGGGUUGAAUCAGAUAUGUGAGACCCUCUCGAUGGAGGGUAAUGUCACUGUUGCCUGCUCGGAGAACAGCCGCUUUACCCGUUAUGUAACCCCAACCUCCGCCUUCAUUUCUAACGACCCGGCCGACAUGGAUUCCUUACUUCGCCCUUACGACACUCCGAGUCGGAAAAUAUGCUUGGACGUCGCCAAUAAAGGGAGGACAGACCAAGAGGUUAUGAGGUUUAAGAUGAGUGGGGAUGCAAGGCAACUCCGAGACCGUAUCGCCCAGAAAAUGUCCAUGCCAGGUUCACGGCAACUGUUCAAUAUCUCUGGAGACGAGGUGCAACUUUUGGCCAAGAUUUGCGGCUACCAUCUGGCAAUGUUCAACGACAACAACACCUGGUGUCGACUGUUUGACUAUGAAGACCUAAACGUGGCCGAGUACCAGCGGGAACUGGGUCACUACUGGAACGAAUCCUACGGGUUUCCCAUCAAUUCAAUGGUAGCCUGCCCACUCAUCAAUGACACGCUGGAGUACUUUGACCGGUUGGCGGCCAGGGGAGCUGGGGCUGGAGCGAGCCUUCCUCUCAUGAAAUUCAAGUUCACCGAUGAGAACACUCUCAUACGGCUGGUUAGUCUGCUGGGCAUAGCCAAAGACCCACGCCAACUCGGAUUUGGUAACUACGCCCAGAGUCGCAACCGUCAGUUCCGCACGGCUAAGAUGGCACCUUUCGGAGGCAAUCUGGCGCUCAACCUGUUCCGCUGCGAGUCACCACAAGUGCUGUUCUUCAACGACCAGACCUUCCGAGUGCAGGUGCUGCUCAACGAGCGUCCUAUCAACAUCACCUUCUGCCAGGAUGCCUUCUGUGAUCUGGAAGACUUCAAGCGAGAGUUGAUGGCCCAGGCUGGGCAGUGUCAGGUCCAGGAAGCUUGCAACGUGGCAUUUGGGCUGAAUCCUGACGGGACACGGCCUGGAAAUAGAGGUGGAGGGGGCGGGAGAGGCAAUGCUUCCGGUAUCACACCGUCGCGGCUGCUGAUAGCUCUUACUGCAAUGAUGGCGAUGGCUAAAAGGAGUAUCCAUGGUUUAUAGAUAGCUUAAGCAACGGGGUUUUCACUUAUACUGUUUGUAGGUAAAGUUAUAUUAACAAGUUAGUAACACACUUUAUUUCACGGGGGCGCUCUUCGCAUAUACCAUACCGUUUCGCUCGUACUCACUACUCUAUUCGUAAAGGGUAGGCCUAUACUGGUGUGACGAUACAUGUCUUGGUAUCCCACUGCCAAUACAGGAUAGAUUUUACUUAAUGAGUGACAUUGCUCGUCCCAACCAAUAGUAUCCAAGGACGCUGGCGAUGUCUGAUUUCUUCGAGCUCUAUCUCAUUGGAUGGUUGGGGUCAGUAUUUCUACGUGCAUAAUAAACCAUAGGCACAGAAUGCGCGUGCAUUGAUAAUGGUGGUGAGCUACCCACAAUGCUUUGCAAAACCUGCACUUCCUUCACAAAAAAAGUUAAAAGGGUUUGUCGGUCACAGUGCUGGUUGGAUAGGGGGUGCGGUGGUCACACGAGGAAAUUGCGUGGAGGGUACGAGCGAUUCCACGUGUCCUGGGAUCGAGAAUGAGGGCGUCCUUCACAUGCACCGUCGCUCAGUUUGACAGACGAGUGUGUUGCAGCGCUUAUAUUAUAGGGAUAUCAAAUUAAUUCUAUAUUGAUCUGGACUACCGAGUACCGUUCACCGGCAAUAAACAUACAUUAUGAAAACAAAACAUUUGCCACAAAAAUACAGGCGGAAACCAGUUUGUGUGUGUGUCUCAGGACCUGAAGUUUGACGACGAAACUAUACUUUUGUUGCGCUAUCGGCAUUCUAAGUGGGAUACACCCUAUUGUCUUGCUUUCAUUAGUGAUUAUUGAUUAAUUAAUCGUUUCAGGUUAAAGGUCAAAACUGACUGAACAACUGAUUGGUUUUGAAUUAUGUAAAUAUUAAAGGAGCAAAAAAAAAAUUAAUAUAGGCCUUAUGGAUUGCUAUGCUAUAGCUGUAAUUAUUGUUUAGCGUGCAACAGAAAGUAGUCUGAAUAAUAGUUUUCAUCACGAAGUCUCGUUUGUGGACACUAUGACAAAAAAACUGUCCUUUCGCGGCGACAUAUAUUCACUGCCGAAAAAAAGAGACAAUUCUAUAACCCGCCUAAAAACAAAUUGCGUAAACCACAAUAGUUAAGAAAACACACCCUUCGUAACAAAAAAUAUUUGUCUUGGAUGAUAAAAUUAUUCAAACAAGCAGAGUUCAAUACAUUCAAUAGUUUGCUGAUUACAUUGUUGUCUGAUACCCGUUGUCACGCCAUGUAUUUCAAAUCAUGGCGGAUGCCGUGGCAUUUAAUUUCCACUGUAUCCCCCAUUCAUAAAUCGAGAAUCAAUGCCACUCUUAUAAUCCAAUGUAGUAAUCUCUACAUUUUUUGUCUAGAAUGAUUAUGACUAUACAGUAGCAGUUUUUUCUCAUUAUACCGUAAAGAUAAUAUUGCAGACAUAGUUUAGUAGAGAAUUUGUAGAUAGUACAUAUAGUUUGAUAUGCAGGACAAGGCCGUUUUAAGGAGCAUAUGAUGAUACCCACGUCACUGCAUAAAGGUAUUGGAUGUCUUAUGAAAAUGCCAUGAGA